AUGUUGGUGCCUGUGUCCUUGAUUAUCAGAAGACUUGGAGUUUUGUUAACUGAAGAAGCAAAAUUCUUAUACGGAGUAAGCGACCAAGUUGAACAAAUCCGAGUCGAGUUAAACCGAAUGCAAUGCUUCUUACAAGACGCAGAUUAUGCAAUACAAUCAGAUGAACAUGUAGAUGCCAGGGUCAACAACUGGGUUGCAGAAAUCAGAAAACUUGCUUAUGAAACCGAAGACAUCCUCGAAACUUAUGUCAUCCAAGUUUCAUCAAAAAGGAACAAAAAGGGUUUCCGAAAUACCCUUAAAAGAUUCGCUUGCAUCUUCAAUGAAUGGAUAGACGUUCACAGGGUCGGAAGUGAGAUCGGUGCCAUUAAAAAUAAGAUCACUGAUCUCACCGCUAGUUUAGAUACUUACGGCUUGAAAAGUAUAGGUGAAGGCAUAAGAAGUUCAGCAACUGAGAAGCAACAAGAAUUGAGGCAAUCGUAUCAGCAUGUUGUUGAAGAGGAUUUUGUUGGGUUUGAGGAAGACUUGAACACGGUUGUGAAACAUUUGGUGCAAGUUGAUGACUAUACUCCUAGUCGAGUUGUCUCUAUUUGCGGCAUGGGUGGUUUGGGGAAGACCACUCUAGCUAAAAAAGUAUAUCAAAACAAAGAUGUCAAGAAUCAUUUUCAUUGUUUGGCAUGGGUAUGCAUAUCUCAGCAAUACCAAACAAGAGAUAUUUUGCAAAGAAUCUUCAUCAAACUUGUUCCAGGGAGUGAGAACGCGGUUGUCAAGAUGAGAAAUGAAGAGUUGUUUGAGCAACUUUAUGAAGUCCAGCAGAGGAAAAAAUGCUUAGUUGUACUGGAUGAUAUUUGGUCAAUAGAAGCUUGGAAGAGCUUGAAACCGGCCUUCCCAAAUGGAAACACGGGCAGCAAAAUAUUGCUAACAACUCGUAAUAAAACACUGCCUUCACAAAUAGAUCCAUACCAUAUCUUCCAUGAACCUCCGUGUUUAAAUGACAAGGAAAGUUGGGAUCUACUUCAAAAGAAAUCAUUACUAAGAAGAGAUGGUAGAGAGAUUUGGGAAAGAUGGACAAUACUUUAG